GCUAUGUGUUUUUUAAAAAGAAUUUUCAGAAAUCAUCAAAUCCGACACCUUGAAAAACUCGCCCACUUUUGUUGUUUUAACAUUCUUCGUCGAACCGUCUCUCUUACUCUCUUCCCCCCCUGGUUUCAGUAUAUCUAACCGACUUUUCAUUGCAAAGUAGAAUUUGAAAUUCCGAAGCCAUAGUAAUUCUCACUCUUGCUUACGCACAAGUAUAGAUAAUUGUCCUAGAUGGCCUCAGAAAUCAUGGCUGUGGUGAAAGAGGAAAUGGAUCCUGUUAUUGAGAAUGAAAAUGUGGGUGUGGAGGAGAAAGAGGGAAUUCUGGGUGAGAAAGCUAGUGAAAGUGAAGUUGUUGGGGAUGAGAUUGUGGUUAAUGAAGCACCCAAAGUAUCUGUAGCGAAAACCGAAUCCUCUAGGAAUGUUUCGAAAAGUAAAGUGUCUUCUACUACUGCUUCUUCGAAGGGUAGUAGACCGAAGAAGGAUCAGGCGAGUUCGAGAGGCUCGGCUGGAAUGGCUCGUGCGAAAAGGACGACGACAAGCCUGACCCAGAGUCUCUCGUUCCCUGCAAAAGGCGUUAGUUCUGAUGUGAUGAGGAAAAGCAUUGAUGUGUAUCCAAAGAAACCGAGUGCCAAGGGGGGGUCGCUUUCAAAUGCCACAGAAAAACCGGUUCCCCAUUCCAGCCCAGCCGGAAGGCGUGCCUCGGGUGUCUUGAAGAGUGCUAACAUCAAUGUUGGAGGAACAACCAAUAGAAGAAGAACUUUACCAGUGGCAUCGAGUGUUCUUCACCAAUCAACGGUUAAUGUAGGCCUUGAGCUCGGGAACACUCUUUCUGGUAAUGAAACCGAGAGUAAGAACACAUGUGAAGGAUCAAGUGACGAAAAUAUAAAACCUAUUAAGGAGAAUGAGGAUGUGCAGUCAACUACUUCAUCUAACGCUACUCCUCAUGGACAACGUAGGACCAAUGUCGCGGGAUUCUCCUUCAGGUUGGAAGAACGUGCUGAAAAACGAAGAGAGUUCUUCUCAAAGCUCGAAGAGAAGAUACAGGAAAGGGAAAUGGAAAGGAAUAAUUUGCAGGCAAAAUCCAAGGAAAACCAAGAAGCCGAGAUAAAGCAAUUUAGGAAGAGCUUAACGUUUAAAGCUACACCUAUGCCAAGCUUUUAUAAGGAACCUGCUCCAAAAGCUGAACUGAAGAAGAUACCAACGACACGCCCAAUAUCUCCCAAGCUUGGUCGGAGCAAAAACUCUGCAUCUACAACCAACAGCUCUGAAAGUGGAGGGUCGGGCCUUAGUCCUCGAGUUGCUAAGGAACCUGACAAGUCACCCAAAUCAAACGGGGAUAAGAAGAGCACUGCCACUUCUACGAAACCAGUAAGAAAUCUCCAAACCGACACUGUGUCUCAGCCUGCAGUCCCGAAAACUAAAGACAAGUCUGCUGCAACGAAAUCUAAACCAUCCAAAAUUAAGAAAACGGGAGAGACUGAAACUGAACCCGUCAUUCACACCGAUGAACUCGAACAGAAGAUGGAUGAAAAGUCUGAAAACAGUCCCGCGGAUGACAAUAUUGCUGCUGCACAUUCACAUCUGACGAACCCGGUGGUGGUGCCAGCUCAAGUUGCGGUUGAAGGUUAAAGAACACAAACAUUACGGGCUUUCGAAUGAUUUGGUCUCUCUAUUUGAGUUGUGAAUAGGGUAUUAUUUUGUAUUUACAUCUAAAAAGCAUCACAAGUGAAGUGGUUACUCUGGUCCUGUAUUUUGAUUUUUGUGCUCUUCACCAAAAACUUAGGACUUGCAUAAGCUGUAUGAGUUUAUAUGAUUGAUUCAAUUUAGCUUCCUAUCUAGUACAGAUUGGUUUGCUUU